CGAUGGGGGUGGGAACGGUCCGCGCGGCGAUUGCAGCGCCUCCUUUCGUCUUGAGGGCUUGGCGGGAGCGCGAUCGGCUUCCAGUCCCUCGUCGCCGUUGUCACCGCCGCUAUGGCUCCCCUCGGCAGUUGACGCUCGUGGCUCUUUUUUUUUUCUUUCCCCCCUCCCGGUUCUUCCUUCUCCUCCUCCUCCUCUUCCAUCGCCGGGCUCUCCCGCGGAACCCUCUGUGAGGCCAGCGCACUCGCGACACCAUGAAAGUCAUCCUCGGCAUCGGCGGGAUCACGAAUGGUGGGAAGACCACCUUGACUAACAAACUCACGCAAUCGCUGCCCAACUGCAGCGUGGUCCAUCAAGAUGACUUCUUUAAGCCCCAAGAUGAGAUACAGGUUGAAGAUGGAUUUAAACAAUACGAUGUUAUUAGUGCUUUGGAUAUGGAUGCAAUGAUGAAUACCAUCAGUGCCUGGAGAAAAAAUCCAGUCAAGUUUGAGCGAUCCCACGGCAUUAAUACACUCGAUACUAGCACCAUAGAGGAAAAUGAUGACACCAUUCAUAUUCUUAUUGUGGAAGGAUUUUUACUUUACACUUACAGACCCAUGAUCGAUAUUUUUGAUGUCCGGUAUUUUCUUUCUAUUCCUUAUGAAGAAUGUAAGAGGAGGAGAAGUUCAAGGAAUUACACCGUCCCAGAUCCACCUGGAUUAUUUGAUGGUCAUGUCUGGCCCAUGUACAUCAAACAUAAGAAAGUGAUGGAAAACCUUAAUGUUGAUGUUGUUCAUUUGGAUGGGACAAAAUCAAGGGAGGAACUUUUUGACACCGUUUACAGUCACAUCCAGAACAAUUUAGAAGAACUGAUUCACAUGCAGCAAUAAACAAAUGGCUGGGACACUCCUGAGAAGAUAUUUCUUCAGUAACUGUGUGUAACUGUGUGUGGAUGCUGCCUUAAAGGUGAUUUUGUAUGAAUCCCAAUUGUAAAGCUCUAAAAUCUGGCCUUGAUUAAAAGACAACUAUUACUUU